UCGAACUCUACAGUUUACAUUAAAAAUUAAUUCACGGAUAUUUCUAUUUUCUGUUUUAUUACUGUGUGUAAAGAUUACGGACAAGAAAUUAGAAAAGACAUAAUUGAUAAUGCCUAAGUGCAGUGUUGUUGGAUGUGGCUCAAGAAGAAAGGAAAACCAGAAAAGUUUGUCGUUGCAUCGGUUACCAAAAUCUGAAUAUAUGAGAAAAAAAUGGUUAGAAGCCAUCGGAACAGAAAAUAUAAGGCCAAAUGUUAAAGACAUAUUUAUUUGCUCCUUACAUUUUCAUAAAAGUGCGUUUAACACCACAUUGGAUGUUAUUAGACUGCAAGAUGGUGCAAUACCUGUACAGUAUCACAGAAAGUCAAGUACUGGUCAAGGGGAAUCUAAUUUAAAAGAAGAAAUGAAACAAGAAGAAAAUAUUCCAAAGAAAACUCCUAUAACAAAGAAAGUUUUAAAUUUCGUGUCCACGUUAAAAAUAAUGAAGUGUUGUGUAUCGUCCUGUGCCAACAAUGAAAACUCGUCACCACCUGCCGAUGUUGCAUAUUACGAAAUACCACAAGAGUUUGAUUUGAGACAGUUAUGGACCGAAGCUAUUAGUACACCUGAGUGGGAGCUACGGCCCAACAGUGCAGUAUGCUCUGCACAUUUUGGGGAAUUUGACUUUGUAAUCUCGGAGACAGGAGAUAAGGAGCUAAUCUACGGUGCAGUGCCCAGCCUGUGUCUUAACACAGAUGAAGAUCUGCAGGCAAAAGCCGAAUUUAAAACCUGCAGAGUGUGCCUGGCCAUGGACAGGAAGAUGUUCAACAUCAGGGACCACAACCUUCAUCACCUGUACAAGAUGAUUGUCGGAGUCACGGUUCAGGCUAGAGACGGCCUGCCCCAGAUGGUGUGUUGGGAGUGCACCAGUAAACUAUUGUCGUUAAAGAAAUUCAAAGAGCAGGCACAAACAUCACAAUUACUGCUGUCGGAUAAACUAGAUGUAAACAAUAUCCUCACUGUUGGUGAUAUAAAAUCCAUAGACCGUAUAAAUUAUAAUUUGAAGUCUAGCCUCACAGUGAAGCACUACAAAUAUAAUAUAGAAGUGUUUGACAAUCCACGUCACAAGCACAUUGAGAUGCUACUGGAUAAUAAUAAAUCUGAACGUGACCAGGGACCCACUUUGGAAAUUGAUGGAUCGUCCCCCACAUGCAAAAUCCCGAAAUGCGCCAAAGUCGAGCCGGAGUCCAAUAAUCUGGUUAAGUUAAUGAUGUUAGAUUUGAAACAGGACAUUGAUGUGAUGGAUACGAGCCAACCUUAUAUUAGUGAUGAACUCCAUAGCGAUAAAUCACAGCAGGCCGAACAUAGUGAUAACAAUAUCAACACUAAACCGACUAGGCAGCGGGUGAAAAAAGUAGUCCCAGCGGCACAGAGAACAAGACCAAAGAGAGAUCUAAAUGUGCAAACGAAUGGCGAUAGCGCGGCAAAAGUUCCCAAAGUGUCGAGUCAGCUUACCUGUUUCGAAAUCCGUCAUCUGACGCCGGAGGAGCAGCAGGAACUCCAUAGUGUAAUAUCACAGCAGGCCGAACAUAAUUAUAGCAAGCCAGUCAACGCUAAACCGACUAGGCAGCGGUUGAAAAAAGUAGUCCCAGCGGCACAGAGAACAAGACCAAAGAGAGAUCUAAAUGUGCAAACGAAUGGCUAUAGCGCGGCGAAAGUUCCCAAAGUGUCGAGUCUGCUUACCCGUUUCGAAAUCCGUCAUCUGACGCCGGAGGAGCAGCAGGCGGCGAUGGCGGCGCGCGCGCGCUCCUCUCGCUACCUCGACGCGCCCUACAAGUGCGACCUCUGCUACAAGGGGUUCCUGUCCGAGACUACGCUCGCCAAGCACGCCGUGCGGCACACCGAGAUAUGCGGCAACUACAUGUGUUCGUUGUGCAAGUUACGGUUCCGGCUGAAGAAUAAAAUGCGUCGGCACAUCGAAAUCCACGUCACCAGGUACACCUGCAAAGUUUGCGGCCUGGUCGCGCACCACAGUGGUACAGCACUGAGUCACCAGAAGGAGCACGAUGGCAACGUCUACAAGUGCCCGCACUGCCCCGUCAUACUCCGCAAGCACACAUCGUACAUGUCGCACCUGCGGAUGAAGCACUCGUCGCGGUUCUCGUGCGAGCUGUGCGGCUACACCUUCGUCAGCGAGCGCGGCGUGCGGGCACACAAGAACAAGAGCCACGUCCUGGACGCGCAGGGGGUGCUGGAGGGUCCGUACUGCGAGGAGUGCAAGCUGCGGUUCGCCAGCGACGAGGCCUAUCAGCGCCAUCUCACGCAGUCCUCCGUACACAGCAGCGACGACGACCCGUGCCGCGUCCGGAAUGAGAUACAUUAUACUACAGAUAAGGUGCAACCGCGGAAGAGGGUCAACCCGGUACCUUGCGAGGAGUGUGGCGAGCAGCAGGUCAGCUACAGAGCGUACGCGCGUCACUUCCGCGCGGCGCACCCCGGCCUCGUCCGCACCAAGUUCAGGGGCAACUGCAUGUGCGAGCAGUGCGGCAGGAGGUUUCGGUGUGCGUCGCUGCUCCGGGAGCACAUGGCGUGGCACGAGGACGUGAAGCGGCACCGGUGCGACGUCUGCGACAAGACGUUCAGCACCAAGUACCAACUGGGGAAGCACCGACUGAAGCACGGGUCGCAGCCGCUGCCGACGUACCCCUGCCCGCACUGCGAGCGCACCUUCACGUGCCCCGCCAACCGCGCCCGCCACGUGAAGACGGUGCACGAGCGCUCGGUACGAUUCGAGUGUAAGAUCUGUGGCAAGGAGUUCACGGCGAUGGCGAGCAUGCGCAAUCACAUCGACCACGUGCAUCACAAGAAGCCGUGGCCCAAGCGCGUGCGCGCGCCCCGCUCGCGCUCGCGUCCUUCCACGGACCGAGAGUGAUCUUUUUAGAUAAGGCUGAUUCU